GAUGUUUCCGUCAUGGCGCGACUAUCAUCGUUAUUGUGAGUGAUUUUAAGAUUAAUUAAUGAAAUCUAAAUUCUUGGAAAUCUGUGCUUACGAACUUGAAGUUUUAUAAUUGUAUAUACUUUUACUCGCACAUAUUUCAGUUUGAUGAAGCCAUGAGUAUUUGAUAUAUAAUAUUUUAUUGAUCAUCGUUUGAAUAAUACCUAGACGUCGCCCACCAACUUGUUUCUGUUACUUUGGAAUUUUUUAUUCAUUUGAUAAUAGAAGUAACCGUUUAGCUUAUAUUUGAAUUACGGCGUCUAUGGUUUGGCCGCCAUAUCAGCCCAAUUGACCGGGCAAUCGUUUUCUCAAUAACGACACCAUUGACAUGAACCACGCUGUCGCCAUGACCUUUCAAGAAAAUAAAAGAUCAUUGUUCUUGGGAUCUUUCGUCCAAGUCGGAGCUGGUAUUGAAAGACUUAUGAUACAAAAUAACGAAGGAGCUGGCGAUGAAGAAUCUAUAGAAAUAUUUGAUUUUGCUGGUGUUCAGCAAAACGACCACUUGCCUAGUGAAACUGUUCAACAAAUGUAUAACGCAUCUGCUGAAGAAAUAAGGAAUACUACUCCAAAAUACAUCUCAUGUUGCAUAAAAUCUGUGAUAAAGGAUCAUUUAGAAAUGAUUCCAGAUAUACUUUCUGUGAUAAAAAAAAUGACAAAAGACGAAGACAAACUUAUGCGUUUUGAUACUGUUAGUACUGUUGGUUAUUUAUGCACAGUUUUUUAUCAAUAUGAUUACUUAAGAUCUUAUGUUAAAACUUUUUUACUUUCCCAAAUCAUAGAAGCUUUGUUUGAUUCUGCUGAACAGGUUAUAAUGCGUGCUCAAAUGGUAUUAACUUAUAUAAUAAGUAAAGGUGUGAUCAAUGAAAAUUUAAUUGAAGAGACUGUAUGUCCUGCACUUAUUAUGAUAGCUAACUCUACAGAUGAUCUCCAUGUACAAAAUAAUAUUGUCACGUUAGUAGGAAAGCUAGUUCUUAGGGUCAAUGAAAAAUUUUUAUACAAAACCAUGUUGCCAUUUUUAAUUAACAAAAGUCAAAGUGAUUGUAUAUAUGUGAGAUUAGCUGCCUUAUUAAGUUUUCCUGAACUUGGCCAUGUUUUAAAUGUAGAACAAAAAAAUAAAGUUCUUUUACCUCGUUUUGUUGAAAUGUGUAAUGAUAGAGUGAGUACGAUUCGUAAAACAUGUGCAGAUAUUUUAACUCCCUUAUCUGCCUGCUGUAAUAAUAACCAGAGAUGUGGACCCAUAACUGAUGCAGCAAGUCGGCUACUUAGUGAUCACUGUAAAUUUGUGCGUCAAACUGCAUUAGAAAAUUUGGGCCCAUUAAUUACAACAUAUGCCAAAAAUGCUGUUACAUCUCUAGUCACUACCCGGACUUAUAUUCUAAUGAUGGUCAGUAAUUUUACUGAUGAUUUACAUUACAUAACAAUGAGAUGCCAAACAAGUCAAGAAUAUUUUAAAGCAACAGAAUUACUUAUGGAUCGAGAAAAACCUUGGUCUAAUGAAACAUCAAUGAAAAAUGACAAUAAAUUUUGGGUUGCUGAUUAUAAUGUAAAGACUGAAUCUGAAGAAUUAUAUAGUACUUUUGCUUAUUGGAGGGAACCUAUUUGUGAUGCAAAAACUUCCUUCAAUUUUGAUAACGAUUUUGAUGAACGAGAUAAUGACAAUGAUAGACAUCAAGCAGUUUUUCCAAAUAAAUUUUGGUAUGUGCCUAUGAAUAACAACUCGACAAAUCUAAAUUGUUCAGAAUUAAAAAAAUCAGAAUUUGAAGUGCAGCCAGUAUACAAGAAAAUUGAAGAUAAACAAGAUAAUCAUGAAUCAGUCAUUGAGGAUGAUAUUCGAGAUCUUCCUGUACCAUCUAUUUUAUUAGAUCAUUUUGCUGACAUGGCUGGAGCUUUUGAUGAUAGUGAUCUUGCUUCGCAGUGUGCUUGUAUGUUACCUGCUGUACUUGUUACUAUAGGGUCCAGCCAUUGGCCAUUACUUAGGCAUACCUAUUAUGUCUUAGCUUCACAUAGAUCAUGGAAAGUUAGAAGAAAGGCUGCGUCUUAUAUACACAAAUUAGCUAUUUUUAUUGGAGAAGAAGCAACAUCUAGAGAUCUCUUGCCUAUAUUUGAGUCGUUAGUUUUAGAUCUAGAUGAAGUUAGAUCUGGUGCUAUUGAUAAUUUUUCUGCUUUUUUACGGAUGUUAUCUAUUAGUGUCCGCAGUGAUUUGGCACCUAUGAUGUGUCGUUUUUUAAAAACUGAUUAUGAAUGGAAUUGGCGGUUUCGACAAAAUUUUUGUGAGCAAUUAGUAGAAUCCUUACAUUUGUUUACACCACUUGAUAUGUAUCAUCAUAUUUAUGAAGUCUGUUUAUCUUUAUUGAUGGAUAGAAUAUCAUCUGUGCGCCUUUCUGCAUUAUCACUGGUACCUGAACUAUUAGUAGUUCUUAAUAAAAAUCUUAGCCUUAAAAGGUUGAUGUUAAAUGAGAUAGUAACACGUUUUGGUAAAGCUGAUUUAUGGAGUCGCCGACAAAUGUUUGCCCAAAUAUGUUACUACAUAUUAUCUUAUGGUGAAAAAUGUUUAACAGCUGGUGAUUUCAACAAUGAAUUACUGCCUACAUUAUUAAAUUUAUCAUCUGACCGUGUUCCCAAUGUUAGAUUGAUGGUUGCUAAAACAUUAAGUUUAUUAAUAUCAAAUAAUUCUAUAUUUAUGGGUAUAAAAAACUUUCAAUAUGAUGUAAUAGAAAAUGCUUUAACUGAAUUAAGCAAAGACAAUGAUAGAGAUGUUCGUUAUUUUGCUGAUGGUCAUCAUAAAGAAUCAAGCAUUAGUACUAGUUAAUAUUUUUAUAAUUUUUUGAUGUUUUAUUUUUUUAUUUAUUUUUUUUAUAUAUAUAUAUAUAUUUAUGUUAAUAAAUUAUUUUUACUACUCUGAUGAUAUUAAUACAAUUCAACUCAUGGCUGUGCCAGUUAAUGUCUUAUGGAACCUGUUGAAUUAAUAAAAACUUUACAUGGUUUUAUAA